UUCGAUUCUCCACAUGUGCAGGCAGAUGCAAUCAGAUUACGUCUGUCUAUUUAAAAUAUUAAAGUGAGCUCAUCAUCCAUCAUUAUUAUUAUCGUGAGCAAUAUGGAGUCCUCAGUUCCUUGGCGUUGGCCGACCUGCAGCGGUGAUCGGGAAGUUUGGACCUCGCUCCGAGCCGAACUUCUCAGCAACUCAACCCCCGUCGCUCACAAAGCUGCUGCCCAUCGACUGAAAAAGCUCAUUGCGGAAGCCUGCGCCGACCUGCUUGACCUCACGAUUGCCCCCACACCCCAAUUCUGGCUCGACUACUUUGAGCUCUUUGACAUUUUGGACGAGAAACAGAGCCACAUUGUGCAACCUGUUUUGCAGAACAAAAUCCAGAUUUUUAAUAGAUUAAGAGUUACACAUGGAUGUGAUGCUGUUGACGAUGACCCCUCCACCACCGCUGAUGACUUGACUGAUUUGUGCAAUUGGUUUUUGAUAAUUUUGGUUAAGAUGCUGCACCAUGAUAAUCGCGAUAUUGUGAAGGAAGGAUUUCUUCGCUUCCUAAGUUUGGGGGAGGAGAACUGGGAGAAAUCAAGUAAUAUCAAGGACCUGCUCCUUAAUUUCAUGAAAGAUCAAAUAUUUCCGAAAAUCAGGGACCAUAUUGGAUGGGUUCAUCCUGAGGCUGAAGACUAUAUGGAGACUGCGAAAAAGUUUGGACUAUUUUUAAGAAACGUGUAUUGUCCGUCGACGGGGGUGGACUAUGAAGACGAAGCAGUUGAACUGAACUCGGAGCUUCAAAUUUUGUUAGUGAUACUCAAUUUUAUGAUGGAAGAUGGCAAAUGUCGAAGCCCAGCGGUAGCGUUGUUCGUGGUCAAAGCAAUGAGAUGUGGGCUAAGAGACAGAGAUGAUGGUGACUUAUUGUUAAGCAGUAAUGAUGAAUACAUGUCAAAUUCCUGGUUGGCACUUGAGGAAAUCUUCCUUCUCAUGGGCAAAACUCUUACCCAAGGAUUAACCUCGGUAGAUCCAUUCAUUCGACGAGAAAUUGAAAGAAUACUGAUAAAUACUUUGAUAAGCUGCGUAAUUCCCAUCCUUCAAGCAUUGUUCGACCAAAUUAAUUCUAAAAUAAUGAUAAAUUUAGAAUUAUCUCGGUCACGAGUUAUGUACAAUGUUCUCACAAUUUGUGGGGCUGUACCUUUGAAAACUUUGAUUAAUCAUGGCACAAGUAAUUCUAUCAACGUUUGGUCAUGGAUUCAUGAAAAAUGUCUUAAAUUUCUCCCUACGGUUGAUGGCUUUUUAAGAUUUCAAGAACUGAGUGGACUCCAAUUAAAAGGAUACAUUAGAGUAGCUUGGUUAGGCUCAGGACGUUCUGAUACGAGUUAUAACAUUUUUGACGUGUUGUGCAAAGAACUUCAAUCAAAUUGUGAUCUUGGACAACAUUUUAUAUUGCUCUCUGAAACACUCGCUGAAUAUCAGGCUUUGUGCUGCGGCGAUUCAAAACAACUUCAACAUUGCAUUCAAAUUGAACAGGAAAUUCUACACAACUUGACUUUCUUGUCAACUAUUGAUGAUCAAGCAAUAUUCGUCCGACAAGUGCAUAGUUUAGAACUCUUAAAAGUGUUACUCAAGUCAGAUUAUACAUCGUCGGUGAUGUGCGAAACAUUGACAUUGCACGCUAACAAAUUUUUUGCGGAUUUGACUCAUAAUUCUUCCGACUAUAUCACAAGUUCAACUUACUACGAGUUUUUAGCAUGGAAAUUUAUUAGUGUCCUACCCUUGUUCGUGAUCCAAGAUUUGGAAAAUAAUUGCGUCCCCCAUGUCAUAAAUCUGUUUUUAAGAGACUCUUCUCUUUCUGUCACGAAUUGGGUGAUCAACGAUACGGAUCUAAGAACUGGGUUUUUCAUAACAAAAUUUAACAGUUUUGCCGAUUUCUUGACAAAUUCUAAGGAGAGUAAAAAAGAAACAAGAACACAAGAACAACACGAUUCUGAUAUUAGUAUCUUGAUAAAUGUAAUUUCGUACAUAUUUGAUAACAUGGAAAAGGCUGGUUUUGGCGGAGUAACUAGUGCUGUAAGGUGUGUGCGAGCAAUGCUUGAUUUUACACUGCGGCGUAAUGAUGAUCAAGCAAUUUUCAUAAAAAUUUGUCAAGACCAUUGCGCCAACUCUCUCCUCAAAAACUUUAGCAGCUUGGCCUGGAAUUUAAUGUUUGAGGUGAAAAGAACAGAAUCUUUUUCGCCGGCAUUUGAUGAGUUUACAUUAUUAAUUUCUCAUCCAUGUUUUAUUGGACAAGGAAUACUGACUCCGUUUUCCAGCAAAAUUUUCAAAGAAAGUGAAACUCUGAUCGGACUUCCAUGCGCUCUCGUCCAAAGUUUGCUGUACUCUACCAACAACUAUUGGGAAAUUUUGAAGUACGAAGAAAGAUUUGAAUCUUCUAUGCUCCAAGAAAUUGUAAAAGUUAGCCUUGAGGCAUCCUUAUCAGGAGUACCAUUGCCGAAGAACUACAGGGUAAUUUUUGGAUUGUGGAGAUACUUGUUGAAAAAUGGCCAAGACGACUCCGCCUGCGAAUCCAUUAAUAACUGCAUUUUUACAAAAUCUUCAAUGGUGCGAUUGACCGCUAUACAAAUUUUACAAACAAUACUUGGAAAUUUGCAAAGCGGAAUUUUGAAAACCAAAAUUCUUGAACAAGUUUUAUGUUACUUAUUGGACAAAAACGACGGAGGUGCAAAGAAACACUAUUUUAGAAAUUCGGCACAGCAUAGAAAGAAACUGAAACUUCUACAGAUCCUCUUGAUGCUACAGCCCCUGUUCAACAGAGAGCAGAAUGUUACUAUUCUUGAUCGACUAUUAGCUUUAUUAUCGGAAGAUAGUCCUCAGCCUAGUAUUCGUUACCUCACUGAAUGGAUUGUUGUAAGGGUGCUUGCCAAGGACAAAACAACAUGGGAUUCCUUUUUCAUGAAAUGUAUUCAAUUUUGGACCAAACGAAUUGGCUUCGGAACCCAUUUUUCGUCAAUUUGCCUUCACACCAUCUCAAUGCUUUUACAUCACGUAGACGUGUCACAUCAGGAUUUCUUGGAAAAGGCAUUAUUUUAUUUGUCCCAACUGGUUCUUGGGCAUCAUGUUACAGUGAGAGCUUAUUCUCAGGUUUGCUUUCAGCGAAUUUUCGAAUCUGUCCGGCCAUUAGAAAUAUUUUCUGAGCUGGUGAGAAAGUUUGAAAUAAUGUACAUUUCUCUUCAAGGAGCAGAGAAAUUUUGCGUUGGUACUUCCGCCAAAAUCCUUGAAGGAAUAUCGAAUGAUUUUUACAUACAAUUUUUUAACCCAGUAACUCAUUAUACCAAAGAUGUGAUUUUUAUACACCUUCCACAAAUAUCAGAGGUAGCCAGCGACGAAAUUCCAACUGAAAAUUGUCUGUCAAAGAGUGGAAUGAAUGUAAUGAUGGACGAAUGCUGCAUAUCAGCGAAACCUUCCUCUUCCAAGGAACUGAAGGAAUUGUAUCUGAAAUAUGAACUGACCGUGUGGCAUAUGAAGACAACUCUAGUGAGUGGACGUGAAAUUGGAGAACAAUUACAAAACAUCAGACUGGAGGCGACUGAAACACCUACGUUAGCCAAUUUCCAAAGAAAGAUCAACCCUUGGAAGACUCUCUGUGUGUCAGAAACACUCAUGGAUAGCAUGAACGAAAAAUUAACUGUAAAAAAACGAGCUGCAAUGGAGGAUGGGCUCAUUGUUGUUGCGUCACUCGUUGAUCGAAUUCCCAACCUUGGAGGGUUAUGCCGGUCUUGCGAAAUCUUUGGAAUUUCAAAAUAUGUAAUGCCAAGCCUUAAAAUUUUAGACGAUCAGCAGUUUCAGAACCUAGCAGUGUCAUCUCAUAAUUGGGUUGACAUUACAGAGGUGACUCCUAAAGAUUUGCCUUCAUUUCUUGCGACUUACAAAGCCAAAGGGUAUGUCAUUCUCGGUGUGGAGCAAGCGCAAAAAACUACGCGUCUUAACGAUUUCAAAUUUCCAAAAAAAUCGUUGCUUGUUUUAGGACAUGAGAAAUUCGGUAUUCCGUCAAAUAUUCUGCAUUUAGUGGACCAUUGCUUAGAAAUCCCUCAACUUGGCUUCAUUAGAUCGCUCAACGUUCACGUCACUGGCGCCUUGUGUAUCUGGGAGUAUAGCACACAACAUGCUCUAAAGUAGAGCAUAUUAACGAUUUCAAACUUUUUGUGUAAUGCUUGUUUUGAAUCUUGUUACCAAAAAGCUGUGACCAUGAAAAAUAUGAUAUACUUGGACGUAUGUAUUCAAUAUCACUUUGUUUAUGUAUAUUUAUUUAGAAAUGUGUUUUAAAAUAAAAAUUUGUAGUAAGGUGGGAAA